UGCUUUCUUUUCCUUCUGAGACUUAACUUGAAGACGACGUCACCCUCACCAGCAGUUUGUGGAGUCCCUUGCUGCAGCUGAGCCUGCCCCACUGCCAAGAUGAUCCUGACACUGCUGCUCGGCCUCGGAGGGCCCCUGGGCUGGGGGCUGCUGGGGGCCUCGGCCCAGGCCCCAGGUAGCGGGCUCUCGGAUCCACACAACCCAAGGCUGCCUGGGGUCUGGAGGGCGGAGGCUGAGGACACCGGCAGGGACCCCAGCAGAAGUAACUGGUGCCCUUACCAGAAGUCCAGGCUGGUCACCUUUGUAGCUGCUUGCAAAACGGAGAAAUUCCUCGUCCACUCACAGCAGCCAUGUCCACAGGGGACUCUGGACUGCCAGAAAGUCAAAGUCAUGUAUCGCAUGGCACACAAGCCGGUGUACCAGGUCAAGCAGAAGGUGCUGGCCUCCGUGGCCUGGAGGUGCUGCCCUGGCUUUGCGGGCCCUGACUGCCAGCACCACGAUCCCACGGCAAUCCCUGAGCCUGAAGAUCUAGGUGAUGGCCUCCAGGAGCCUUGGGAUGGGCCAGUCGGCUUUGAACCUGGCCACCCGGCGGCUGAGCCCAGCAACAUCAUGGAGCGGCAGGAACACUUGCUGGGAGAUCUCCAGAAUGACGUUCACCAGGUGGCAGACAGCCUCCCGGGCCAGUGGAAGGCCCUGGCAAGCAAUCUCACAGCUGCCACGAUCGAGGCAAAUCAGACAGAGCCUGAGGCGCCUGGCAGAUCCUUGGAGCAAGUGCUACUGCCCCACGUGGACGCCUUCCUACAGGUGCAUUUCAGCCCCAUGUGGAGGAGCCUCAACCAAAGUCUGCACAGCCUCUCCCAAGCCAUAAGAAACCUGUCUCUUGAUGUGGAGGCCAACCAACAGGCCAUCAGGGGGGUCCAGGAGAGCUCGGUGGCCAGGGCUGACUUCCAGGAGCUUGGGGCCAAAUUUGAGAGCAAGGUCCAGGAGAACGCCCUGAGAGUGGGGCAGUUGCGGCAGGAUGUGGAGGAACGCAUGCACGCCCAGCACCUCUCCCUGCAGCAGUCGCUCUCCCAGGUCGAGGCGGACGUGGACGCCAAGUUGAAGAGGUUCCUUAAGGCCCAGGAGCCGGUGGGGGCCAACGGCAGCCUGGUCCCGGCCGCGGCAGGGGCAGGGGCAGGGGCCAGGCCAGAGCCGGAGAGCCUGCAGGCCAGGCUGGGCCAGCUGCAGAGGAACCUGUCGGCGCUGCACGCGGCCGCGGGCCGCAGGGAAGAGGAGUUACAGAGCACCCUGGCGGACAUGAGGGCCACCCUGGCGCAGCACGUGGAUGAGAUCAAGGAGCUGUAUUCGGAGUCCGAUGAGACCUUCGAUCAGAUCAGCAAGGUGGAGCGGCAGCUGGAGGAGCUGCAGGUGAACCACACGGCGCUGCGCGAGCUGCGCAUCAUCCUGAUGGAGAAGUCGCUGAUCAUGGAGGAGAACAAGGAGGAGAUGGAGCGGCAGCUCCUGGAGCUCAACCUCACCCUCCAGCACCUGCAGGGCGGCCACGCCGACCUCAUCAAGUACGUCAAGGACUGCAACUGCCAGAAGCUCUACUUCGACCUGGACGUCAUCCGCGAGGGCCAGAGGGACACCACGCGCGCCCUGGAGGAGGCGCAGGUGAGCCUGGACGAGCGGCACCAGCGCGACGGCUCGUCCCUGCAGGCCCUGAGCGGCACGGUGGCGGCGCUGUCGCGGGCGGUGGACGCGCAGCGGGCGGAGGGCGAGCGGGCGCGGGCCGACGCGGCGCGGCUGCGGAGCCAGCUGCGGGCGCUGGACGGCGAGGCGAGCGCGCUGCGGGCGGCGCACGGGGAGAUGCGGGCCGAGGUGGGCCAGCUGCACAGCUACUUCACGGCCCUGCUGGACGACGCGCUGCGGCACGAGGCCGUGCUGGCCGCCCUGUUCGGCGAGGAGGUGAUGGAGCAGAUGGCGGAGGAGGCGCCCGGCCCGCUGCCCCUGCGCUACGAGCAGAUCCGCGCCGGCCUGCGGGACGCCGCCAGCGGGCUGCGGGAGCAGGCGCUCGCCUGGGCCGCGCUGGCCGCGCGGGUGGCGGCCCUGGAGCGGGCGGCCGAGGCCGGCGGGCCCACCCCGGCGGGGCUGGCGCAGGAGCUGGAGCGCCUGGACGCCGACCUCCGGCGGGUGGGCCUGUGCUGCGAGGCUUCGGGGGCCUCCCCCCGCAACCGCUCCCUCGAGGGCCUCCACGAGGCGCUGGCCGCCACCGAGCGCGACUUGGAACACCACCAGCGCCUCUUCCACAGCCUCUUCGGAAACUUCCAAGGGCUUGUGGCUGCCAACGUCAGCCUGGACCUGGGGAAGCUGCAGACCAUGCUGAGCAGGAAAGGGAAGAGGCAGAAGGGUCCGGAAGCUCCCCGGAGGAGGGACCGGAAGCAAGCGGAGACUUGGACGGGUGAGCCUGUCCGAAGGCGGGUGCUCUGGGAGGCAGGCUCCCCUGUGGCCUUCUAUGCCGGCUUUUCAGAAGGCACGGCUGUGCUGCAGACAGUCAAGUUCAACGCCACUUACAUCAACAUCGGCAGCAGCUACUUCCCUGACCAUGGCUACUUCCGAGCCCCUGAGCGUGGCGUCUAUCUGUUUGCGGUGAGCGUUGAAUUUGGCCCGGGGUCAGGCGCCGGGCAGCUGGUGUUUGGAGGUCACCAUCAGACCCCUGUCAGUUCCACCGAGGAGGGGAGGGGUAGAAGCACGGCCACGACCUUCGCUAUGGUCGAGCUGCAGAAAGGUGAGAGGGUGUGGUUUGAGUUAACCCAGGGAUCAGUCAUCAAGAGAAACCCACCAGGCACUGCAUUCGGGGGAUUCCUGAUGUUCAAGACCUGAACGCCGGGCACAGCCCUGACCAGACGUCGUGGACUCACCCAGCUCUCCUUGGCCUGGAGCUCUGGCCAGGGUUGGUCUGGAGACCAUCCAGUUGGUCUAGUUCUUCCUGGAAAACUUCUGCAAAGACGAUGCGGUAUUUGGGGCCUUCCUCUAGAUGCACUGGGUUUGCCUGUUUCUUAAUGACGAGAAGAACUGGAAGGCUUCUGUCUGGGCCGAACCUGGCCCGGGGAAGUGUGAACCUUAGCUUGGCGUGCCGUCUGAGGCAGGAUGGCAUCGUGGGCUUCAGCUCUUUGCCACACCCUGGGUCCUGCAGCUUCUUUGGUGUAUUGCUCCUCCUGUGGUUGGAAACUUUAGAACUUUCUCCCACUUCUUCUCCCUAAUCUUAUGCUAGAAAAUCAUUCCUCCCCAGAAGGACUAUGUUUAAAAUGGAGGCGACAUCUUGGACAAUGUUGGAAACCAGUCUCCACCCACUACAGGGCAGUAGGGGAAAACCGACCUGUUUGGCUUCUAUUAGAAAUGGGGACAAAGGCCUCGUUGAGUUAACCAAAGGAGACAAAAUUCCCUUUCCCUCAGUUUCGGUCCUUCCUCGAAUUUAUCUGUAACCUUAAUUCCACUUCUUUUUCUCCUUGCCUCCACAUGGUAAAGGCCAAGACAUGUCAAAACAUGAACUAAAAUGUGUACAGCCUUCACCCUUUUUACUUCCUCCACUCGCUGAUGACCAUCCUCAUUCUCAUGAGCAUCUCUAACCAGGAAGGAGGCUGAGGGAGGUAGGGAAGGACGAUUGUCAAAAUCUCCUUCGGUAGUGAUCAGCUCUGGAAUAAAGCAAUGCCCUUCAAAUCUCGGCCUGGUUUCUUUAUGGAGAGCGAAAGGAUUCGGUAAAGGAGGUAGAAAUAUGGGACAAAAUGAAACGGUUUGGGAUAAAUGUGACUCUCAUGAUUCCAGGCUGUAUUUGCCAUCACAGUUCCAGUAAGUUCUGCGUGACACGUUCAGAGCCCCCCCAGCAGGCUGCGGGGAGAGUACUGGCUUAGACAGUUACACUUCGGAGUUGCAGCUCUUCCCGCAGUAUCCGUGUAGGGUUUUCAGAACAUUACGGUCCCUGCAGCAAACGGGCUUGCGAGAGCAGCCCUCUGGUUGUCAGGACGUGUUCGUGUUGUGGUAGUCAGGUACCCCAUGUGUGGGGAACAUACUCUUCUCCAUAACAAAACUGGAUGGGACGGGGCAGUGAACAAGGACAGGAGUUGGUUGUCAGGGCUCACAAGGGUCUCAGCCCUUCUCCUUGUUUCCUAAGGGUCAUUAAAUCAAACGGUUGUCCCCCAGAACUUAUUUCCCACUAAGCUUUGUGUGCUCGAUAUGCUAAAACAUCAGCGUUAAAAGGAAGAGUAUGCCAGGCCACUCUGGUGCGGACGGUAAAUCACCACCUCUUGAACCGUUUCCAUCGGUGGUAUGAGGCAGUCGGUCGAAUAGCUUUCAUUAAGUAUCUUGGUGUUUUAUUACCUUGACCACAGGGUUGACUCUGGCCUUCCUGCCCUUCCCUCCGGCCAGAGCCUCUUGCCCGGUGCAGCUCUCAGCUGCCGAGACUAAUGGCAACCCAAGGCAUGAUGUACUGGGGCCGUUCUCGCCCAAAUUUGGAGAGCCGGUAGCCCGUCGCCCUGGCCGCUAGAAAGCCCUUGCCGUGUCUUCCUUCUGCUCCAUCUCGCUCUUACUGGGCAAGCUGUACUGAUGACUAAGUGGAGAUCUGAGGGUGGUGCGGUCUUACCAUCUAAGAUUUUCGCUUGGAAUGGCUUGCACAUAAUAAGCGGAGUGAACUGAUCUCCAUAAGGGGCACCUGCCCCCCGCUGCUCACGUGGCCACUGCUCUUAACGGGGUUAUGAAUGCAAGCGCUAACUGGUAAACUCGGCCAGCAGCGUGGACGAGUCCCUCCAGAAGUUUCUGGGAUGAGAACUAGAGAAACAAUGGUUCUUUUAAAUAGGAUGCUUUCCAUUCAACAAAACCAAUUUCACAAAACCUUAAUACCCAGUUUAAGUGCAAAUUUCCUGUUUAAACACUUCUAUGAUGAGGACACCAGAUUAACAAGAAUUCUAAAGUUCACUUGACAGGUUUCUUAUCUCCACUAAGGCAUCUAAUAUCUCUGGGUGCAGACUCUUUGCCAGUGCUCCCUAAAUAGACCCCCGGUUACCCAGGCCAAUGUUAGGACACCCUUCACUCGUGGCAUCCAGAACAAGGCAAUGGACUGAGCACAGAGUGGUAUCAUACCUCCCCAGAUCUGAUGGAGAAACAGAUUCAAAAAUAAUACUGAAAAACAGGAAAGGGUGCCAUAAGCCGAUCAGAAAAUUUUCAUAAUUUCUGCAAAAAGGGAAGUAGAAGGAUUGACUAUAAAAUGAAAUAGCAACAGGAAACCAUAACCCAAAACAUUUGAGACUGUUGGAGAUGGGAGCGAUUUCAGGGGAACCCCAAACUCAAACUCAGCCCCUAACACGCUUGGGGGGAGUGAGUGGAGGAGGAGCAGCCGAGGGGCAGCCCCAGCGGGUCCCGGCUGUCGCUUGCCCCUGCUAAGCGGCUAGCAGCGGUGGCCUCUGCCUGGAGUCCGGCAGCGCGGGUCCAUCCUGGGCCCCCAGCUGCAGGCGGCCACGGACUCUCUGGAGGCAGGAAGCUCCCAGACGACAUGCACAACCUAACCGAAGUCUGGGCCCGCGGCAGUCAAUCCCGAGGUGUGUCCCCACACACAGCACAAUGCCAAAGUAACACCUGACCUCUGCUUUUAUUUCAGAAACAACUUGUAGUUUAGAAACACUGUGGAGAGGAUAUGUAUGGUCUGUAAACAAUGUUUCUGAAAGCUCUCCUUUCCUCUCAUGCUCUGCCACUCUGCUGGUAUCCCAGGACAUUUGUCUCGAAAACAUCCACAACUCCAGUCCAGCUCUAGCCUGAGCGGGAUUGCUCCAUCCUCCUCUGUCAGGAAAGCUCCCCCAAACCUGGCCUAACAAUGACAAAACUCGCUGAGGUGGGGGUGGGGGGAGGUAAAUACGCAGAGUGGGAAAAGCCUGAAUCCUAGGCAAGAAGAAAGGAGCACUUCUUAAUUGUUGCUCUAAGAAACCGCUGUUGCCCCAUCACUUCUUGAUAAAAACAGGAAGCCGAGAAACACAGAACUGAGGGGAGCAGGGGUUCACACCAAAUACAAAGGUGAGCAACUAUGCCAAAGUGCCAAACAUUUGUGGAAAACUAGUGUCAUGAAGAAGAGGAUCCAAAACUCAAAAAACUGAAGAUUUUGGAACAUACACGUCUCUAGAAACAAUACAGGAAACUGGAAAUCUUAUUUGCCACUCAGGUCCUGGUCUCUAAAUACCAUCCUUCCUGAGGGAAUCAGAGAGCCUUGGAGAAAUGGCUGACUCCAUGGCUGGGGCAGGGAAACUACCAGAUGCCCUUGGAACAUCUU